ACAACAAUGUUUUUUUCCCAACCACUUGCCACUUGUGAUACGCUGACCUCUGAGCAGCCUCGAUCUGGCUCGUUCAAACUUGACCGAACGGCAGCCAUUACCUGGUGGCGCCUCCUCCUUGCCGGUCGGAGCCGGCUCGCCGGCGGGUGGCGACGCUCCCGCCGCUGUCACAGGGCUGCUCGCACCACGUGCACUCCUCUCCAGUACACCCACCGAGACGCGAGACCUCUAAGGCUCUAACCCAAGGUUGAUCUCAUCUCGUGCACUCCUCUCCCUUCCCCUCCUCUCCUAGGGUUAGCAAGCUUGAUCCCGUGCGCCUGCUUGGGUGUCUGACCGCACCGGCGCCGAGAUGGUAGCCGCUGCGGCGGCGGUGCGGCCGGUGUCCUUCCGCCGCCUCGGUGUUCUCCUCCGCGCUCCUUUGCCCUGCGGCCUGACAACCUCCCGCGUCGCCGCACCUUUCCCCCGCCGCACAGCAGAUUCCAUGAAGAUUUGUCAACUCCAAUUAACAGCUACACGAUUUUCAAAACAGAAUAAUUCUGGCGAGGAUGACGAGCUCCUUUCUGAACUAAAAGAUAAGUGGGAUGCAAUGGAGAACAAGUCCUCUCUUGCCUUGUAUGGUGCUGGAGCAAUCCUCGCUGUCUGGAUAUCCUUGGUCGUAGUGAGAUCUCUCGACUCUGUCCCAUUGCUCCCAGGCAUAUUGGAGCUAGUCGGGCUCAGCUACUCUGGAUGGUUUGUGUACCGAUACCUGCUUUUUCAGGAAAACCGGAAAGAAUUGGCGGGUGUUAUCGAUGAUAUAAAGAGAAGGAUUGUUGGCGAUGAUGAAUAGCUGUUUCCUGGUUUGUAAUUCUAUUUAUCUCGCCCUGUUUGGUUCUGAGGAAUUGAAAAAUAAUCCAAUGGUGAAGUGAGAAAGCACUUUCUAGCUAUUGGUUUUAAUUCAUGGGGUCCAAACAGGCUCUUGAUAGAAUCUUGUAGGUUUCUGUUCUUAAUUAAUGCCAGUCAGAGCUACGAGGUAUUGGCCUUUCCACAUCUCUUGUGCCGUCUGCAGUUGAACAUGUUAUUUGCAGAAUCUUUUUA